AUGUUUGUCAAACAUUUAUUAUUUCAAUCAAAAACUGAAUAUCAUGCUGGUAAUCAAGCUCAAGCUGAUCGAAAAUAUGGACUUAAAGUAGCACGAUAUGAACGUGGAAAAGAUUUUGCUGAUCAAGCAG